AAGAAAGACAUACACAUCUGGGAUAGCAUGAGGGUGAGUAAAUAAUGAGAAAUUUUUCAUUUAACUAUGUCAGGUUAUAGCAACCAAAAAAACAUACUGUAUAUAGCUACAAAUAAGCAAAGGAAACCUUAUUUAACUAACAAAAACCUUCAUUAAAAUGCAAAUGUAUCCUUCACAAAUCAAAUUUGUUCUUAUUUUACAUAUUAUUUUAUAUAUUGCAUAUAGGCCUACGUAGUGAUUAGAAAAAUGUAAUUGAUAAAUACGAUAAAUAAAAAACAACUUGAUCUGCUUCAUCUGCUUCAAAUUACAGGUUCAACCAUUGACUCAAGUUCAGAAGACCCCAGGCGCAUAGUUUCAACACGCCAGUCAAAGGGUGGACUUAGCUGUCUUGAGCACUGAGAGUCUUAUAUCUGUUUGAGCGGUCAGCUGAGCAUAUUGUCGAAACAAGUCCUGUUGCCUUACAACAAUACACCUAUUUUCAUUUAGAAAUAAGUUUUUCUAUAGUUUUAGAAGUUUAACAGGGCAAACAAGAGGUGGAUAUAAACAUUCAGGCCAUUAGUUUAAGGCUUUAUCGCCUUCAGGCUGGAGUUUGCGGAUCCUAAAAACUGGUGGAGUGGUGGGGAGGCGAGGAGGCACACCAAGCACCACUCUCGAGGGACAAAGACAACCAUGUCCCAAGAGAACCACGAAGAGACCGUGGACCAAGUUGCCUCCCUCCACGAUGUCUCCGACAGAGUCUUGAUCAACAUUUCAGGUUUGCGUUUCGAAACUCAACUUAAAACACUUGCGAGAUUCCCAAACACGCUGCUAGGGGACCCGUGCAAAAGAAUGCGGUUCUUUGACCCUUUGAAGAAGGAGUACUUUUUCGACAGGAACAGACCAAGUUUUGAUGCAAUCCUGUACUACUACCAAUCCGGCGGGAGGCUUCGAAGACCCAGCAACGUGCCGGUUGAAAUUUUUUUGGAUGAAAUCCGAUUUUACGAGAUCGGCGAGGACGUCAUCGAUCAUUUCCGAGAGGACGAGGGUUUGAAAGAAGAAGAAGAAGAACGUCCGAUGCCUUCUAAUAAUUUUCAGCGUCAGAUCUGGCUGAUGUUUGAGUAUCCUGACAGUUCUGGGGCAGCCAGAAUAAUCGCUGUCAUAUCUGUAAUGAUCAUCUUGAUAUCGAUCAUUAUCUUCUGUAUAGAAACUUUGCCGGAAUUUAGAGAUGAAGAUGUAUUCAAUAACCACCUUGCGCCAAACGUGACUACCACUGGAAUAACAUUCACAGGUCCAUUUUUCUUGCUGGAGACAUUGUGCAUCGUUUGGUUUUUCUUUGAACUGUUUGUAAGGUGUCUGGCUUGCCCAAGCAAAUCCGCCUUCUUCAAAGACAUCAUGAACACCAUAGAUGUUGUUGCAAUUCUUCCCUAUUUCAUAACUUUGGGAUUAGACCUUGCCAAUGUCGAAUCAAGCUCACAACAGACCAUGUCUCUGACCAUACUGAGAGUUAUCCGCUUGGUGCGCGUCUUCAGGAUAUUCAAACUCUCACGGCACUCCAAGGGUCUCCAAAUUCUCGGCCGGACCCUACAUGCGAGCAUGCGCGAACUCGGACUAUUGAUAUUCUUCCUUAUCAUCGGCAUCAUAUUGUUCUCCAGUGCAGUGUACUUCGCCGAAGCGGACGACCCAAAUACGGCGUUUACAAGCAUUCCUGACGCGUUCUGGUGGGCGGUUGUGACCAUGACAACUGUUGGAUACGGAGACAUGUACCCCAUCACUAUCGGGGGCAAAAUUGUUGGAUCCAUGUGUGCCAUUGCAGGGGUUCUUACAAUCGCCCUGCCGGUUCCAGUGAUCGUGUCGAAUUUUAACUAUUUCUAUCGCCGAGAGAACAACGAGGAGGAGCUCGUGCAGUACACGCACGUAACUUGUUGUCAGCAGUCGGCCUCUCUGACUGACUACAAGAAGAGCGACAGUAAACCCUCUCUCGUUAAAUCAACAGACCAUUCAAUAGACGACGACUUCAGUUCAUUAAGCGAAUUCAAUUCAUUGGACGAAUAUACAGGAAAACUCACAGAUGCGUAAGAACAGAAAGUACCUACAAACAACCAAAACACGCGCAUCUCAGUGAGUACCUGGUGUGCUUAUCAAGAUUAUAUUCGGUUAGAUGUCGUAUAAUGUGAUCCCAAAUAAUUUGGCAUAAACGCACAUAUGCCUAGGUUGCAACCUUUAAAAGACUGUUAUAAGUAAUUAUAUUACUUGGAGGAAUAUUUUUAUUGCGAUUAUUAUUAUUAUAAUUACUACUACUUCUACUACUACUUGGGCCUACUACUACCAUUAUUACUGUUUUUAAUAAAUGUAACUAUUUAUUGAACAGUGCUGACUUUAUCCUAAAUGCUAUUUGUUCAAAAGGAGCGCAACUUGUACAAGAUUGUGCAAGUCAUUUUAUGAACAUCGAGCUCUGCUGUGCAGCUGGUUUAGGUCUUUGUAAAAACUAAGUCCUGCAUCAUUCAACAACCAACCAACCAUACUAGUUAGCUGUAAACUGUUAAUUAACACUCCUUGAGAAUAUAAAUGAUGUCAGGUUAAAGAUGGGUUCAUGUCUUGUAAUGUGUCACUCACUGCAGUGAUGUUUAUUUUUCAUUACAGGAUUCAGCAAAUCUCUAUAAAGUAGACAUCUUACUUUUGUAAACAUGUAAUA